UUACUGCCACUCCCCGUUCUCGCCCUUCUUGGGGGUGGCAAAGCAUUCUGUAUGGUAGAGAUUUGUUGGAGAAGGGCUUGCGUUGGCAAAUUGGGAAUGGAAAAACUGCCUCGCUCCUCCAUUCUAAUUGGAUCCCUGCCCUCCAGUUGGACCCUCCUAGGUUUAAUCCUCGAGUCUUACCGGAGGAGGGGGACCUGAAGGUUGAAGAGGUAAUCUAUCAAGGGGAGGGGCGAUGGAAUGAUCAACUUCUUAGCCAAUGGUCUGACCCACCGACUUGCACGGCCAUCAAAACUAUACCUCUGCCAAGGCAGUCGAUUGAGGAUAGGUUAAUUUGGCAUGAUUCCCCUGAUGGAGUGUUCUCGGUCAAAUCGGCUUAUCAUUUAGCAGUCUCUCUUGAUAAGCGCUGGGGGGGGGGGGUUGGAAGUCGGGGGUCAGUUGGAUGGAUAGGGCGAGCUGGAUUCGGCUGUGGGAAGCCAAAAUCCCUCCUAAGUUAAAGGUCUUUCUCUGACAAAUUCUCAAUCGGACUUUGCCUACUACUGAGGCCCUUAUUGAGAAGAAGGUCCGGUGCAUCCCAGGUGCCCGGUGUGCUGGGCUGACUCGAAGACCAUGGAACAUCUUUUUCUUGACUGUCCAGUUGCACGGGCCAUUUGGGAUUAUGCUGGGUUGGCUCACUUAGGGGAAGGGCUCCCGCGUUAUACUUUCCCCCUAUUCCUCAAGCGGCUGUUGGGUUUGAUUCAUCAACCUAAUGAUUUUAUGGCCGUGGUAGUUGUCCUCUGGCGAAUUUGGCGUUCUCGCAACUGGGUUGUCUUUGAAGGCAAGCAGUUUGGGUUUUCUGCCCUGAUGCGCCAGUUCCGGCAGCAGUAUGAGGAGUGGGUCCGGCUUCCGGUAGAUAGGGCUCCCGGUGGGGUCCAGGCUACUCCUACUCACCACGAGACAGUUAGGGGGCAUGGAGUUAUUUGCAUGUGGGAUGGGGCUGUCCGGAGUGGGUCCCAUUCGGUGGGAGGUUUGGUACUUUUGUCCCCGGAACGGGAGGUAUUGCUGGUUGAGGGGGUGCAGUUUCCAGGGAUUGAUGAUCCCUUGGUAGUGGAAUUGGUCUCUUUGCGGGAAGCUGUUCUGUGGUGUCAGUCGUUUGGGUGGGAGGACAUUACUUUUGAAGGGGACGCGAAGAUUAUCAUUGAUAAAAUCAAUCUUAGGGAUGCUCGGGAUAGUCGCUUGGGUGCUGUGUUAGAUGAGAUCAUUCAUAUUUUUGCUGGUAAUCCUGGGUUUAGUGUUAGAUUUGUAGGUCGGCGUAGCAAUAGGGUAGCCCAUUUGGUGGCUAGAAAAGCCCUCUCUCUGUUCCCGACUAUGAGUCGUUCUUUUGAUUACCGGACCUGGCUGGUGUCCAGGGUGUAACUACUUUUUCUUGAUCAAUAUAUGAUUAUCUUUUGU